AUGCCCGGAGUUGAUGUCAUUUCGCACCACACCUCCGCCUUGGUGUCGCUCUUCUGCCCCGUAUUGUCUUGGGGAGCUGCACGCUGGUCCGGCGCUUCUGCUCCCUUGUCUCUUCUGUCCCCCGAGUCUCGCAAACGGCCAUGGGCAAUUGAGUGUGGUACCGGUAGCCGAGCAAUCAAAGUCGCUCAAGUCCGCGGGACCACAGCGCGUGACGGCAGCGACCGACGUUCUGGUUCGAUUUGUCUCCUGUUCUUUUUCGAAGAAUCUUUGGUCAUGGACUCGGCUGAGGAUCGUUGCAGCGUGUUGGAGGAUGUUAAGGUCGUCAAUGGAAAAGCUGCUUGCGAGAGCAGUGCGCCAGGCUACCUCUCGUCCCAAGCCUCAGAAUUGACUAGCUGA